ACCAUUAUUCUAUACACCCAGCCCAUAUCCGUCUGGCAUAUGCUAGUUUCUUGUCCCGGCAUGCUUCUCCUUGCUGCAGGUGGUAGCGGACAAAGACGAUGUACUGCUGGGCUGCAAUGGUAUCCAGUAUGGUCGUGGUGAGAAAGUGAGAUUUUCUUCCACGCAUGCCAUAAACAGUCUGAGCCUUCUUGGACUGGCCAAUUCCACUGGAUACAUCUUGGUGACCAAGACCGGAGAAAAUGUAAUGCGUAUGCCAGAGAAGGGAAUGCUGGCGUUGAAGAUUCCAUUCAAGAUCAGAAGAUGCCACUUGGGCUUUCGGGCUCCGAGUUUGGAAGAGGAUGUGGUAACCUACGUUAGAAAUUCCACAAGGGCAAGAAGCAAAGGCAUCAUUUCACGUUAUCACUACACGCGGCAGUCCGGGGCUGAGGUUGAACAGAUUCUGUCCCCGUUGAUGUGCCAAUGUCCCGCCUAUGCAAAGCCCGUGGACCCGGGUGUGCAAUCCUGUAAGGAAGGAAAGAGCAUCAACGUGAAGAGUGGGUAUUGGGCAGGGCCUGCAAACCACCACACCAUCCCUUUCCUGGAGCGACGAGCAACAUUCAAGAACUACACUCUGGAAGAAUUUGAGGUGGAAAAGCAUGGUGACCCGUUUGGGUAUUCGGACCAAGGGACUCCGUUUGGCACGGCAAUCUGUGAUAAUGGACUGUGUAACAGCUCUAGGAAAUGGACCAUGGAGGAAGACCAGGAUCCAUGCAAGAGUGGUAUGGACCGAAAUGGGGUACUGUGCGGCGCUUGCUCCGUUGACACAUACAACAUAGUUGCAUCCGAGGCGUGUUCAUCAUGUGAUGGGGCGACAACCAUGCGCGUAGCCGUGUACGCGUUCUUAAUGUUCCUGGUGACCUUCGUCAUAUUCUGUCUACUUCUCCUGUUGAACGUAGGCUUGAAUCCAACCAUGGACAGCUGGUUGUUCUUCAUGCAGGCAACAUUUUAUCUGUUUCCUGACGAGACCAACCUCAGUGAUGCUUACCUGUCCUUCCUGUCACUCGGUCUCGGCAACAUUUGUCUGACCCCGCCCAUCACUCGCCUCGCAGCCAAGGCGUUGCUACUCGCACAGCCUCUGUUUCUCUACUUCUUCAUCGUCCUGCUGUGGUUCUGCAUCACCUUUCGCCUGUUUAUUGUACACCUGCAGAAGCUACAGCGCCGUCAGGCUCUAGCCUGCGUUGUUUGGUUCAUUGUUGUGCUCUCUUCAUCAAACAUGGCCUAUAUUGCAGUCACGAUUCUGACGUCGGUGAAGCUUUCCAAUGGGAAGAGGGUGGUCCUCGUUGAUGGUGCCGUGGCGUACUUUGAUGACCAGCACAAACCAUUCGGUGUCCUGGCCAUCAUUGUGCUGAUUUGUUUUGUGCUGCCACCACCCGUGAUUCUCACCGUGCCAUAUUUACGUGGCCUGCCAGUGUUCCGACGUUUUGUUGACGCGGCUCUGUCAUCGUACGAAGAUCACGUGCCCUGGUGGGCCGCGUACAACUUACUGCGACGACUGCUCCUCGCUCUCCUCCAGGGUGCGGUGGUGGAUGGGCAGUCAAGACGCGGCUUCAUUGCUCUGGCCAGCAUCAUGCUUCUGACCAUACACGGACUUGUUAGGCCCUUCAAACGCAAGACGAAGCUGUGGAUUUUCUCGGACGUCGACAACAAGUUUGAGCUGAUGCUGCUGAUCGGAUUCUGCUCCCUGUGCAUCCUGCGUCUGUGGGCCGUCCACGAGGAAGUCUUCCCCGGUCACUACACAGCCAGGCCGCAGGAUACGUACAUACCCAUCUGUCUGACCAUCACCGUGAUCUCCUUGCUUCUCGCCAUAACUCGCUUCCUGCUCAGCUGGCUUGCGACCUACAGGCAAACGCAGCGAAAGAAAUUGACCGCUGCUGAUUUUGAAGAGGAUGAGGACGAGAUGAAGCGGCACCUUGCCCGAAUGGGCAGCCAUCCGUCGACGCCAUGUGACAGUGGCUGUGUGAAUGACAGUAGCGGUGUCGCCAACAGUGCAGCUUUGCAGAGAAACAAUUCCAGCGAGCAGGCCCAGCUGGAUCGCUGUAACGUUCCAUGUGGUCUUCGUGAGCCUCUGCUGUUGGAUGCAGUGCUGAAUCCGAAUGGGAAGGACUGGUCGAACAAGAAAAUAUGAAGGCCCAGUGGUGUCAAUGACCCAGUCGUACUAAUUCCGUGUUCUUUGUGCUCUCUCUCUCUCUCUCUCUCUCUCUCUCUCUCUCUCUCUCUACCAAUCCAUAUAAUUAUCUCUCUCUCUGCGGAUGAGUCGGUCUGUCACACCAAUUGUGAAAUUUAGAAGUUUAUAUUCUAAAUUAUUUCUCAUGCCUGUCUGUGAGUGAAGGAUAUGACUGUUGAAAAAACCUUUUUUGGCAACGGGAGUGAUGCUUUAGUUUUUUUCUUUGUGAUUUGUGGCACGUAGUUACGAACUGCUUGCAACUAACUUUUACUUGCCCUACUUCAUUCUCCAUGACGUAUUGGAACUCACGAACUAUCCUUUGAUGCCCAUUUUCUAUUACCAGGAAUACAGCUCUUUUGGCGGGUUCCGUGCACUAUGAUUCCGAAACAGCCGUGUAAUGGAUGAAAGCAUACAUCUGCUUUGCCAAUACUUUCACCCAUGCAUUCCAUAAAAUAUUCUCAAGCUGCAUUUUCACCACUGAAUCAUCUAGGAAAUUAUUGUAUCGACG